GCCGCCGUUGAGACAAGGUUUAGAUGAUGUGGCGUCAACAGGGUCGGUUAUCCGGCAUCACUGACGUUCGAGUGUCGCGUGUAAAGAGGAUUAUUUCAAGGCGCGCUCUUUCUCUCUCGCCCAUUGAUGCAAACAGAUGUGUGGCGAUCCUACCCUCCGCGACAAGCUUCUUUCCGGCCACUCCAAACAUCUGAGUUCCUUCUUCCCCCGCUGCUUCUCCCUCCGCCGCCUCCGGCAGCUACACGCCCAACUCUUCCUCUAUGGUCUCCACCACUCCACCGUCUUCGGCUCCCGCCUCGCCCACGCCUACUUCGAGCUCGACGCUCCCCGACACGCCCAGCAAGCGUUCGACCAAAUCCACAUGAAGACGCCCCACUCCUGGAACACCAUGCUCUCCGGCUACUUCAGCACCCACAACCUCGCCGACCUCCUGCGUCUCUAUAAGAUCUCCCGCGCCCGGAACCACAGGCCUGAUACCUUCAGUUUGGCCUUCGGCCUGCGAGCUUGCGUCGGCCUCUUUCUGUUCGACUUCGGGAGGUCGAUUCACUCGGAAGCCAUCCGAUCCAACCUCGAUCUAGCUGAGUACGUGGUUGUCCCGCUCAUCAACAUGUAUGUCGAAUUGGGCACUAUGGAGGACGCCGAGAAGGUCCUCCGCCGGGUUCCUCCGGGGAUUCCCACAGUUUGGGGUCUCAUGAUGAAAAGCUACGUCAUGGCGUCGUUGGACGUCAAAAUCUUCGAUUUGUUCCAUCAGAUGAAGGAGUUGGGACAUGAACUGGAUCAACUUUCUGCCGUUUAUUUGGUUCGUGCUUGCGGAAACAUUCAAGCAGCCAAGGCGGGGUGUAUGCUUCAUGCCAUCUGUUUGAAGAAGAACUUCCUGGAGGCAUGUAUCCACUUGCAGACCUCACUCGUCGACAUGUAUGGUAAGAGCGGAAUGGUUGAUUCGGCAAAGAAGAUGUUCGACGAAAUGCCCUGCAAGGAUGUCGUCUCAUGGAGCUCGAUGGUUGCGAGCCUGGCCCAGUGUGGGAGAGCCUGGGAGUCGCUUCACCUUCUUCGUGACAUGUUUGACCAGUCGAUUUUGCCGAACGCAGUCACUCUUGCCAGUGCCCUCCUUGCGUGCUCAAACCUCGGGGCUUUGCAGCAGGGUAAGAGUGUGCACGCCUACAUGGUCCGCAACAAUGUUGAACUGGAUGUGGUGAGUAAUACUGCUCUCCUCGACAUGUAUGCAAAAUGUGGAUCCAUGGAGGUUGCUCACAAGGUCUUCGCUGAUAUGCCGGAGAGGAAUGUGUUCUCUUGGAGUGCAAUGAUCGGAGGGUUGGGCAUGCACGGGAUGUGCUCAAGAGCUCUGGAACUUUUUGAGCACAUGAAGUCUGAGAAUCUCGCACCCAAUUCUGUCACGUUCGUCGCAGUUUUAUCUGCUUGUAGCCAUUCUGGUAGGGUCGAAGAAGGGCGUCGCUACUUCAAGUCCAUGACUGAGGAUUACAAACUAAAUCCGAAGCACGAGCACUACACAUGCAUGGUUGAUCUUCUUGGGCGAGCUGGGCUAUUGGAGGAAGCCGAAUCUUUGAUCAAGGAAAUGCCAAUAGAGGCUGGUCCUAGUGUUUGGGGAGCUCUCUUGGGUGCCUGUCGAAUCCACAAGCAGAUAGACAAGGCGAAACAAGUGGCCGAUAAGCUCUUUGUCUUGGAGCCUGAUCAACGCGGGGCACAUGUGCUGCUUUCAAACAUUUAUGCCACAGCUGAAAUGUGGGACAUGGUGAAGAACACAAGAGAGUUGAUGAGCAAAAGGGACCUGCAAAAGACAGUCGGCUUCAGCACAAUUGAGGUUGACAAGAAAGUCUACGUUUUCGAUGCAAUUGGCAGAACGAGAGCAUCGUUGAGCUCUGGCACAAGCUGAGUGGUGAGACGAAAGCAUUAGAUUAUGUUCCACACUUUUUAUCUUUCGCACUUCAUGAUGUGGAUGAUGAGGCAAAGUAGGAGAUGCUUUGCGGUCACAGCGAGAAGUUGGCAAUGGUUUUUGGCCAUCUAAAGACUAAAGAUGGGUUGCCACCGAGGAUAACAAAAAACUUGAGUGUGUGGACAUUGCCACAUAGCCAGUAAAUAUAUCUCCUUGAUCACUGGAAGAGAGAUAAUAAUGAGAGAUUCUAAGAGAUUUCAUCGUGUCAAAGAUGGAUCUUGCUCCUGUGGGGAUUACUGGUAAUCAAUUUCAGUUCUUGUAUUCUAUAUUCAAAAUGAUACGCAAGUCCUUUCUUUUCUUGA